AUGCCUCCUCUAAAAAUCUCCAUCAUCGGGGCCGGUCCGGCCGGGUGUAUGCUGGGCCGGAUUUUAUCCCUAUCCAAAAUCCCGUUCCAAAUUUACGAAAGCGACGAGAGUCCGGACUAUCGGUCUCAAGGCGGCACGUUAGACUUGCAUCCCGGCACGGGCCUCGCCGCGAUGAAAGAUGCCAUGCUAUGGGACGAGUUCUUGAAGCACGGCCGGCUCGACGGCGACUAUAUGCUCAUGACCGACAAGGAUCUUCACCCCUUGAUGCAGGUCGGCCCCAGCAACAAGCUCGGCGAGCGCCCGGAAAUCGACCGCGCCGAGCUGCGCCGGAUCUUGGCGGAAUCGCUCCCGGAGGGGAGCAUCAAAUGGGGCCACCGGCUACGGCGCGUUGAAGAAGGGAAUGUUUUGGUGUUUGAUAAUACUACGGUGGCCGAUUCCGACCUCAUCAUCGGAUGCGAAGGAGGCUGGAGCAAGGUGCAAAGUUACGUCGCGCCGGCGGUUAAGCCACGCUAUACCGGGGUCGGGUACCACGGUCUCCAGAUACCCGAUGCGGCCAACACCGCGCCAGACGUCUAUAAGCUUGUCAACCGCGGGAGCGUCUUUGUCGCGUCGAAAGGGAAGAGGAUAAGCAUACAGCAGCUCGGCACGGGUGCCCUCAGCGUCGGCUGGUGUUCGCGUCGUCCGGAAAACUGGAUGGAAACUUGCGGAUAUGACCCCCAUAACAUCGAGCAGGUGAAAGAAGCGAUUCUCAAGGACAUGGAGGACUGGAAUCCGUUGUUGCGCGAAGCGAUCGGAAAGGUCGGAGAGGGCCUGUGCAAUGCGAAGAAUCUAUACAUGCUCCCGGUCGGCUGGCGCUGGGAACACCGCCGCGGCGCAACGUUUAUCGGCGACGCGGCACAUCUGAUGACCCCGUUUGCUGGCGAGGGAGUAAACGCCGCGUUUGACGAUGCGCGAAGGCUCGCAGCUGCGAUCGUAAAGGCGAUUCAAGCAGGUGGUGGGUUGGACGAGGUGGACAAAGCAGUGAAAGCGGCUGAGGAGGACAUGUUUGAACGUAUGAAAGUAUACCAACGACAGACGGACGAAAUCACAAAGCUAUGGUUCUUUAGCGAGGAGGAUAUUAAGGACGUCAUUCCCAAGGUGAUGAUAGAGCACGCUAAGGCGAAGACGCCGACAGUCUUACAUCCUCUGGUCUGGGGACUUAUCAAUUCGUAUUGGUUUGUUAAGAAGAUGACUUUGGACUAG